AUGAGUGGUUUUUCUUUUUUUACCUUCGAAACAUGGGGAACAAUUCAUUGGGUGAUGUUUGGAUUCAUAGCUCAAGGUUAGUUGUUUUCGAAGCUAUGCUUUGAGGAAAUACUAAAAUUAACUGGCCAUUAGAAAUUCUCAGCCUGUAGUUUGAGGUUCUAAAUUUUCUAUGAUUCCAUUUUGAGGUUUUUCAUGUGGGGGUUUUAAUAUAAGCAGAUUUUUCUCGUCAGUUUCGUUUUCGCUGGGUUCAUUAUGACACUAACAAAGCUAGCCCUAUUUAAAAAAUGUUCUCUUACAAUUCUGAAACGUGAAAAUUAAGGUUCAAAAAUCAAAAAAAAACCAAAAUAUUUGUUCAAAAUAAGCAUCCCAGAAGCAAUCUGAGACCAAAAACCACUAUAAGAUCGUAACAUGGUUGAUCCAAACUUAUGAAAUUUAAAAUUUUGCUGAAUUUUGCAAAACUAGGGUGAUAGUAAUCAAAAACCAAACAUUUAAAAUUAAAUCAUCAUUGUUCUUUUGCCCUGUUUCAAAAUUUGCAAACUUUUCUAAUACGUAACAUGUUGUCAAAAAAUAAAAUUGAUUUUUUCGGAUUUGAAAUUCAAAAAUAAGAUGGGAAACAUCAAUUCCAUUUUUUUGUUAUGCUUCGUGUCUUGCUUCAAAACAGCAUAUAAUUAAUCCCGAUCUCCCAAGUCACCCCCAAGUUAUUGGUUUUCUCUCAAUAUCAUUCUGUAAAUUUUUGUUAUCAAAAUAUCUUUCUGCUAGAUUUCUUUUGGAAAAAAAUGAUUACGGCUGUUGAAGCUACAAUGUUAACUUAUGUUAUUGAAGGUUCGUAAAAUAAUUUGGAAACUUAAUAAAAAAAUGAACUGUGCCCAUGAAAUUUUUUAAAAAUAACUUUUUUGGAACAACUUUGAAAUUUCACGAACAUUUUCAGAGUAUUUCUAUGAAUCCAUACAUCAGUAUCCCCGGAUUUUCGUCCGGAGGGGGUCUGGCUAACUUUGGAAAAAAAGCGUGGGGACCGGCUAACUUUUUGAAAAAAUAACAAUUUACAGCCCAAAAACCAAGUUUUUUUCUCUUUUUUUUGAGGGGGUUCGGCUAAUUUUUGAAUUUUCACAUUACGGGGGUGGCUAAUUUUGAGGCCCUGACCGGGAGAAACAGAUGUAUGUAUGAAUCUAUUAAAAAAUAGGAAGAGCCUCAUUUAAAAAAAAGUUUGGGAUUUUAUUAUAAUAACUUAUUUAAUGCGGAGAAAAUCUCGAUUUUUCUUACCGCCAAAUAACGAUUGUUAUUUCAGGAUUAAUAAUUGGAGUUUUAACAACUCCGAUGAUUGUGUUAUUGCUAUCAAAAAAGUCAUAUCGUGAUCGAAAAGAAUUUUUAUUGAUCGGUAGGUUUUGAAUUUGUUAUCGAAUAACAGGAAUUUUUCAGCGUUUGUUGCAAUUGUUGAUUUUAUUUACGUUGUGGUUAAUGUGAUCAACAGUAUUGAUAGAAUGUAUACAACAACCAUAUGUAAGUUUUUAUUCUGUAUCAAACUAGAUAUUUCGAGUUUUUUUCAUGCAAUUUUCUAAUUGAGUGUUCGAGUCAUAUGUGUACUUUUUGCAUGAAAAUCAUCAUAAUAAUAGUGGUUUCUCUGAAUCUCGUGAGAAAUACAAAAAUCGAAUUAACUAUGAUUGUUUUCUCCAGCUAUACAACUAGAAGAAUGUCUUGCACAACCGCAAUUUUUCAUAAGUUUAAUAGUCACUCAACUUGUCGCUGGAAUGUCUUUGAUGGUUGCAUUCGAUAGAUUAAUUGCUUCGUUUUAUGGAGUUUGGUAUUAUAAGCAAUCUGCAUUGUAUACUUUUUUGAUUUUGAUACGUAAGAAAUUCCGGAGAGAUUCAAAUAAAGGUGAAAAAUAUAAUCCAUUUUCAGCCCCAAUUGUAAUUGGUUGCUUUGUAACAUCUGUUAACUCUUGGAUAGUUGUUAUUUAUCCAGAUCAAAACAUCAAAGUUUAUUCACUGUGCUUUACAUCAACGUUAUUAGCUGAGAAUUUCAAAUUGACUUUUCACUUGACGAAAUGGGUUUGUAUUGCUUUGGCUGGUAUCGUCUAUGUGAUUAUUGCAUUGAUUUUGAGAGUAAGUCCCAGAAUUUCGAGAAGGAACUAUACCUUCAAUUUUGUGUAUGAUUUUGUUCUUCUGAAACUGAGCCCAAUCUACUAAGCCACAAUUAAACACUGAAACCAAUUCAACGUUUAAUUACAAGUUUUUUUAUUUCAGCACAAAUAUUUCCGAUCGAAAUAUAUGACAAAACGAUUGAGCACGGCGAAUAAAGUUAUGAGUUUUACAACAAUCAACUCAAUAAUAUUUCACCUUUUUCCUGAUAUUCAACUAGCUUAUCCAUUUUUGGGUUCAAAUACCAUUGUUGUUCAAUGUAUACUUUAUUCUAUGAUACUUGAUAAGGUAUGAGUCUAAUUAUCAAGGACAACAUUUUUACGACUUGUUUCCAGAUAUUUUUCAAUUUCCUGCUUUUUAUGAUUUUUCACAAAGAGCUCCGACAAAUGUAUUUGAAGACUUUCUUAUCGCGUUUUCUACCUAUACAAUCAAGUUCAGGGAAUAGUCAGAAUCGCAUGUUCUCCUUAAGGUCUUAA